CUCCUCCCUGAAUACCAGCACGAUUUGUUUAGAAACGUGGAGCCCCUCUCUGCUGGUGUCCAGCUGUCAGAGUUGUAAUUUUUAAAACAGACUUUCAACUUGCGAGUUGCAACGCAAUCGGACGGCACAUCUCACACAUGGGACACAAUUGGAGACCAUCGAAUAGUACGCACUUGUGCUGGCAGUGACGAUUGCACCUGUAAACACCUGGGACCGUACUCAGCUGCUAGCGUGUUUUAUUUUUCUGGAUAAAGUCUAGCGCAGCAAAAUGCUGUGUCGCUUUCCUCGCCGAUUGUCCUUUUCAGCCCUGAUUGUUGGUGCGAUCGUUGGGUUCUUCAUCUACUGGGUCAUCGACAUUCAGCCAUACAAACCGUACCUUGUGAAUGAAACUGGGUUUAUGGAUUCUCACACACUAUUCGAUAAUUUCAACAAUGCAACCGGUGUCAAAGAUUUCAUCGUGCCCAAUAUCAUCCAUUUUAUCCGAUUCCAAAAUUUUGAGCUGGGCUUUAUCGAUUACGUGGUACUCAAGGCCGCGAUGCGCAAUCACCGACCCGAUAAAUUCUAUUAUCACACGGAUGUCAAAGACGCCAAAUGCCAAGGAAAGUAUUGGGAAUGGGUGAAAAAGGAUCAAGAAUUGUGGUCUCGAAUCGAAGUCAAGUACCUCGAAAUGCCAACGGAAAUCUUUGGACAAAAACUGAGCGAUGAUUUUGGUAUAUACCACGGCAGUGACAUAUCACGUUUACGCAUUUUGAAAAAGUACGGAGGCAUCUAUUUGGAUAAUGAUUGCUUCGUUAUCCAAUCGCUGGACAAGUAUCGCAAAUUCGAAUGCGUCGUCAACUGGGACGAAGAUCAAUUUCUUGGCAAUCAAGUCAUCAUCGCCAAUAAGAACGCCCGAAUCCUGCCUCAUUGGUUAAACACUUACAAAGUGUAUCGUAUAGACGAAUGGUACUACAACGGUGGAGAGCGACCCACAGUGGAAAUUUUGUACCGCCAUCCAGAAUUGAUUCACCGCGUGAAAGGCAAUUUCGGAGCAGACACUGGUGUUUCGUCCAAUGUCUAUGCGGAUCCACAAAUGGACUGGCGUCGUUUAGACAUCAUUCAUUUGCUUGCUGGCCACCGCUCUUACAUGGAUCCCAAUUUCAACAUAACGCCCGUUUUGGAUGAAAACACCAUUCGCACGUACCCCUAUCCGUUUGGAGAAAUGGCUCGCGAAGUUCUUGAUAUUCCCCACCCUUGAUUCACCUACUCGGUUUGUUAAAACCUUGUUAUCUAAGAAUAUCUAAACGCCAAAGAGCUAUUGGAUUUUGACUAAUCUUCGCACCUGUGUAAUGAAUACAGAAUCUCCUCCAAUCUUA